AUGAAGUUUGCCGCUGCCGUUUCCGCCCUCGCCACUAUGGCCUCCGCCGCAGCGGUGGCCAAGCAAGCCUCGCCUCUCGAUGUAAAGAUCGAGAUGGUUGGAAACAGUGGCGUCAAGGCUACAGUCACCAAUACCGGCAGUGAGGACCUCAAAAUCUUCAAGACUGGCUCCAUCCUUGACAAGACCCCAACCGAGAAAGUCAAGAUCACUCAGGGCAAAUCGAGGGUCGCUUUCAACGGCGUCCGCCUUCGCGUCAUGAAGAGCGGACUCCAGGAGUCCUCCUUCCAAGUUAUCCCCGCUGGCAAGACCAUCGAGCACACGUUCGAUGCCGCUGAGCUACACGAUCUCAGUGCUGGAGGUGCUGUCAGCAUGGUCUCCAAGGGUGCCCUGCAGUACGCCAAGGCCGGAAGCACCCAGAUCAUCGGCUCUGUGCCUUACUCCAGCAACCUGCUGUCGGCCACCGUCGACGGCGUCGCUGCGUCUAAGAUCUUCAAGGCCUACCACGCCAAGGCCAAGCGCCAGGCUGUCCAGGAUGACUGUUCAUCCUCCCAGGCGAGCGCCACGUCGGAAGCUAUCAACACCUGCGCCGAGCUCGCUGCAGAGGCUGCGUCCGUUGCGGAGUCUGACGAUGAUAAGCUCGCCGAGUACUUUAAGAACGCGGAUUCCUCAACCCGUUCAACCGUCGUCAGCGUCUUUAAUGCCGCUGCCUCCGAGUGUGGUAGCACUAGCUCCGGCGCUCCUUACUACUGCUCAGACGUCUACGAUGCCUGUGAACCCGGUGUCAUUGCCUACACUCUGCCUUCCGAAGAAUAUAUGGUCAACUGCCCUAUCUUCUUCUCCGACUUGUCCCCCGCCAGCAGCUCAUGCCACGACCAAGACCAAUGGUCUACUGUCCUCCACGAGACCACCCACCUCCUCUCCGUGGCUGGCACUGACGACUACGGCGGAUACGGCUACGACUUCGUCCAGAGCCUCUCCUCCGAGGAGAACCUGAGCCACGCUGACACUUAUGCUCUCUUCGCCCAAUCUCUCUACGCGGGCUGCUAA